ACUUCUGAAUCAGCCGUGUGCUUCCUGACGUCACCUCCCGGCUGCAGAGGACGGCCUGCCGACGUGGCGGGCGGAAGAGGAGCAGCUGAGAAGCUGUCACCGAUCGGUUCAGAAUGUCCCAAGCCGUUCCCGAUGACACCCCGGUCCACCCCUCCGACCCCGACCCUGCCCUCCGCGACGAGGCACCCGGCAUCGAACCCACUGGACCCGAGGAGCGCGCCGACACGGACCCGCCGGCCUCCGUGACCACAACGCCCCGGUCCCCGGCGGCCCCUGAGGGCCCUGAGGUCCCUGAGGGCGCCCGGGCGCACGCCGCCGGGGCCGGCGGCUCAGGGUCCGGUCCGGCUGAACCGCACCCGUCGGAGCGGGACACCGGGGGGCCGCCGGUGGUGUGUGACCAGCCGGUGAGCCUGGAGCCAGACACCAGCGCCGCGCCGGAGACGGACGUGGAGAUCUCUCCUCAGGAUAAAGAGACAGGAUGGGGGGGCUGGGGGUCAUGGGGGAAGUCUCUACUGACCAGUGCCAGCUCCUCUGUGGGUCAGAGUCUGAGUUCGGUCAAGGAGAAGGCCGGAGGAGCUCUGCGCCUCCAUAGGACCUCUGUGGGGGAGGAGGUGCAGGAGGAGGGGAGGAGCGAGGGAGGAGGUGAAGAAGGGCAGGCUGAGGCCAGCGAGAGUCCCCCCCCCUCUGCUGCUGUAGCAAGCAGAGGAGUCUUCUCCACUCUCACACACGCCGUGCAGAACACUGGUAAGACAGUGCUGAGCGGGGGUCUGGAUGCCUUGGAGUUUAUUGGAAAGAAGACGAUGACAGUUCUGGCCGAGAGCGACCCAGGAUUCAAGAAGACCAAAACUCUGAUGCAGAAAACGGUCUCUCUCAGCCAGAUGCUAAAGGAAGCCAAGGAGAAGGAGCGGGCCCGCCUGGGCUGCCAUCCAAUCAACGAGCCAACAGCCCACUACGGCAUCCUGUUUGACGACUUCCAGGGCCUCUCACACUUGGAGGCCCUUGAGAUCCUAUCUAAUGAGAGCGAAGCAAAGGUCCAAGCCUUCCUCUCUUCCCUGGAGGAAGUGGAGCUGGAGGUGCUGAAGAAGGAGCUAAUCGCCAUCAAGGACAUCUUCAUCAAACAGUAUGAAGAGGAGGAGGAGGGGGGGGGAGAGGAGGAGGAGGAGACCGAACAGGGAGACCGAGAGAAGUCCACGGAGGGAGCAGGAGAGGGGCAGAUGAAGGAUAACGGUGAACUUAGUUCCCAAAUACACUGUUCUCUCCCCCUGUCUGCGGACGGAGAGGAGUUUGUGAGUGUGCUCACCGAGCUGCUCUUUGACCUCCACGUUGCUGCCACACCAGACAAACUGAACAAGGCUAGGAUGAGGGCCCACGACUGGGUGAGGAAGGUGGAGGAGCCUGUCGCCACCGUUUGCUCAGAAACAGAGGGGCAGCCUGGAGGAGAGGCCACCACUGGAGGUAGGGCGGAGGAGAUGGAGGAAGGAGAGGUGGAGGAGGCAGCAGAUGGUGCGGAAAGGAAGGAGGCGACGAGCGGCGAUGCGGAGGGGACAGAAGAUGACUUCAGAUCCGUUGAGGCCGUGUACAUGUCGUCUAUAAGCAGCCUGGCAGAGGUCACCGCCCGCAGUAUCGAGCAGCUCCACAAGGUGGCAGAGCUGAUCCUCCACGGCCAGGACCUGGAGAAGCCAGCCAGGGAGCAGGCGCAGGUCCUCACAAGGUUGACCACCGCUAUGUCUAAUGAGGUCGGCUGUUUGGCCAAGAGGUUCUCUGACACACUGCUGACUGUCGGGGGCCAGAGGAAGGCGGAGGAGGUGAAUCCAUUACUAGGCAGCGUGCUGCUGGAGGGCUCCAACAGCACCACCUACAUCCAGAAUGCACUGCAGCUGCUGCUGCCGGUCCUGCAGGUCUCCCACAUCCAGACCCAGCAGUCCAGACCAGGCCCAGAGCUGCCCGCACAGACAGGCCACUAACACUGAUGCAACCCUGUCUCUCACUAACACACACACACACACACACACACACACACACACACACACACACACACACACACACACACACACACACACACACACACACACAGACACAGACACAGACACACACACACACACCUACACACCUACACACCUACACACCUACACACAUGCACACACACACACACACACACACACACACACACACACAUACACACACACACACACACACACACACACACACACACACACACACAUACACACACACACACACACACACACACACACACACAGACACACAGACACAGACACACACCUACACACCUACACACACACACAUGCACACUCAUACAAAACACUACCCCAAUACAAUGCUUCCCACUGCAGUAUGGUUUGUCUAAAUGUAACUUUUGUGUAAAAUAAGGAAUAAGGAGUAGAUUAUUAUAAUGUAUUUAAAGUGAAGCCUGAAUUCAUAUGGAUUUCUUUCAAUGGUCUUUUACCUUGACGGUCCAAACCGGAUCACAUGCAGACCUUUUACAUUUCAUCUGCUUGAAGAAUAGGAGAAGGGAUUGAUAGGAUAGGUAAUGGUAAUUUCAUCUACUUGAGAGUUUAAGGAUAUAGGAUAGAAAGGAUAGGAAACAGUCAUUUCAUCUGCUUGACAGUAUAAGGAUAUAAAGGAUAGGUAAUAAUCAUUUCAUCUACUUGACAGUAUAAGGCUAUAAAGGAUAGGUAAUAAUAAUUUAAUCUGCUUGAGAGUAUAAGGAUAUAGGAUAAUUUGCAGUAAUUUCAUCUGCUUAAGAGUAUAAGGGUAAAGGAUUAUAAGGAUGAGUAAUUGCAAGAAGUAGAGUUCUGAAUAGAUUUAGAUUUUUCUUUGUAUUUAUUUAAAGACUCUUUGUCCCAAAAAGUUAUUUGUGAUUUUGUUUGACAACUGUACAGACGCUGUACAGUUGUAAAGAGGCCCUGCCAUUGAAAAGUUUCAGGAGAAUUGAACAAAACACUAAGUAGUAUACGUUAUAAAGUACGUUUAUGACUGUUUUGUUUUGGUGUGUGUGUGUGUGUGUGUGUGUGUGUGUCGGUCAUUUGACUCAAUGUGAUUCCAUUAAUACUAUAUAAUUAACAAGGUUUUGUUCAGGCUGUACAUGGGUCUUCCCAUUGUGUUAAGGAUGCCAGUAAAUGGGUCUCUAGUGAUGUAUUGCAGUGCUGCUACUAUGCUAAACCAAAGGAGAAUCAAUUAUUCCAAUGCUAAAUUAGUUCUGGAAUCCAUUCAGCCUCGUCACUUAAUCGAAACAUGAUCUCGACGCUCCCCCAGCCGUGAACAAUAAAUUACACUUUUGCCAUUAAAGUAGGAAUUACAUAUGAAGUUACAAUGACAAAUUAACUUGGGUAUGGACACUAUUUCUCUGGUGUAAUGUUUAUUGUAAUCCUGUAAUGAAGUGCCCUUAGACUGAGAAUGUGUAAACCCAAAUAUAUUGCAUAAAUAAUCAA